CUGAGCUACUUUGGUGUUGGUUAGGCGAGGUUGGUUUGAUUUUUCAAGGUUGGUAGGUUAUUUCUACUUUUUGGAAGUUAGGGGCUUUAAGUGGAGUUUUAGUUCCUUAUGACGCUGAAUCAUCAAUAGGAAGCUUCAAUCACUACUUCAAAGUGCAUUACCUGGAAAUCCUUUUUGUUUUGUUACAUCUUGUAAAUUACCGUGCCUGCAAGCACACAUGUGAGCUAGCAUUUGUUGAGUUCACUGCCUCCUGUCAAGUAAUGGACAUUCAGGGUGUUCUUGAAUGGCAAAAGUCAAAGAAUGCAUAUGGAAACAUAAAUUUAAGAUUCAUUUUAGCUGCUGAAGUAGUCAAAAAUGAGAAUUUUCUAUGUUUUAAAUGCACCAAAAUGCUCUCUCAUACUUCACACUGCAUCUAAUCACAUUAUAAUUCUUUAAUAAACCCUUUCGGCUUGCAAGAAACUGUAUUUAGGAUCCACUAAAGAUGGUAAAAGCAUUUUGAUCCACGCUACUUAGUAAAAAACAAGUGGUGUUAAAUUUCAUAAAAAUAUUGCAUAAGACUCUGCAGUAACGUAUACUUAAUAAUAGGUUGUAAAAUGCCAUGGGAUAAAGCUAAUAUCAUAUAUCCAAACGAACUAACUUUCCCUCAAUUUACCUUAUCAAACAACGAUUUUGGGCAAUUAGAACCAUUUAAGGCAAUGUCGUUCUGUAGCUAGUUGGAUUAUUAACACAAGACAUCGUCAGCCAAGUGCUCCAGCUAUGUCAUUGAGUGAGAUAGUUGAAAAUGUGAAACAAGCGAGGGAAUUGGCUCUUCUUGGGAACUAUGAAAGUUCGCUGACAUAUUACUCUGUCGGUCUUGCACAGCUUAAGAAUUUUACUGUAUCUAUUUCAGAAGCAAACAGAAAACAACAAUGGCAGACUGUGCGACAAGAACUGGCAGAUGAAUAUGAACUGGUAAAAGAUGUAAACCAAACCUUAUCCAGUUUCAAACUAUCUGAUGAUGAUUCAGGCUUGAGCGCUUUCGCUAGCCGUUACAAUUCUCGUGGAGCUGUUGAAGAACCAACUAGAGAUCCAGAUGUUUGGCCACCUCCACCACCUUUAGAUCGGAGGCAUGGCGGUGGCGCUCAGAACUCACCUUUGUCCAAUGUACAGAUUAAUGCUGUUCCUAGUUCAUAUUACAAAUCACCCAUUACUCAUGGCCCAGCUCCUUCUCCUUCUGUCAAUGUGAAGUCACCUGCUAAUGUUGGAGCAUCCGCACGUCGUCAAGCAAAACCUAAUCCUCCAAGUGCACGAUCUAAGGGCACAGCUCAGUCUUCCGCUUAUCUGUCCCGUUUCGGGAUGUGAGUGAG